CCGCCCGAUAUACAAACGACACGGCUCGUUCGAGAGGAGCCACGCCAGCGCGGCACCGACCGCCGGCGAUCGCCGCACAAUGCAUGCCGUAUUCAGGUGAUUUGGUGCAAUAAUUCUACACACUCCGAGGCAGUCGGUGGCGGUACGCACCCUAAAGUUUGCGAAUAAAAAAUAGAAGAAGACGAAGAAGAAGAAGAAGACGAAGAAGAGGAGGAAGAAGAAGAAGAAGACAGGCGCCGCAGCUGCGUGUAGCGCAACACAUGAUUUGUAUAUCGGUGGUUUUUCCUUGGCCCAGUCGCGGGGAAGCCGGAGGUCACCUCAGCUCACCACGUUGCCACCGGGAAACCAGGGCUGUUCCGUAACGACUGGGUAGCGCAAUGGACAGUUUCGAUCAUUUCAGUGGGUCGGAGAAGGCAGAGGCGACGGAGCUUCAGCGCAUGAUCGCGAUAGAGCAGCAGAAAGCGCAGUUCCAGGCCCAGGUGCACAAUUUCACUGACAUCUGCUGGGACAAGUGUGUGGACAGUCCGGGCUCCAAGCUGGACUACCGGACAGAGACCUGCCUGGUGAGCUGUGUCGAGCGAUUCAUUGACACCACCCUGACCAUAACCAACCGCUUCACACAGAUGGUGCAGAAGGGCGCUCAUUAAUAAUGGACUAUCGAUGCCAACAGGACUGUAUUAUGACAUAGUGUUUUGUAUUCCUACCAUGGAAGAUAAUGUGAAGAAGACAUGUUUUUUUUAAAAAUAACUUGUUUAGUCUUUGGACUGGUGGUGCUUGAGUGGUCCAAAAUGGGAAAGUCCGCAUAGCUGUGGCUGCAAAUGGCAGCAAGAUGUACCCGUUUUAAUUGAGAAGACAUGUAAUGUGACAUUAUUAAACUGACAAGAGUACACUCGU